AUGCUUGCUUGUGGUCUAGCAACUCACUUUGUUCCCUUAGCCAAAUUGCCUCUACUGGAAAAAGCACUAAUUUCCAGAGCAGCUUCAACUACAUCAAGCUGUGAUCUUGCUUUUAUUUCAGCAAUUAUAGACGAAUACUCCUUGCAGCAACCAACUCUGAACGAGAAAAGUGCUUUACACAAAAUGGAUGUCAUUGACAAGUGCUUUUCUAGACCAACAGUUGAAGAUAUCUUAAGUGCCCUUGAGAAGGAGGUUACUACAAGAGAUGCAAACAGGGCAGGUGAUGAAUGGCUAGCUUCAACGAUUCAAUCGCUGAAGAAGGCAUUGCCGAUGAGCUUGAAGAUUUGUUUGAGAUCCAAUAGAGAAGGAAGGGUGCAGGCAAUGGAUGAAUGUCUUGUCCGCGAGUACAGAAUAGCUUGUCAUGUUAUGAGAGGGCAAAUAAGCAAGGACUUCAGAGAAGGUUGCAGAGCUAUCUUGUGGGACAAGGACCAGAAACCAAAGUGGAAGCCUUCUAGUUUGGAUCUCAUGACUGAGCAUAUGGUUGACCAAUGCUUCUCUAGGUUGGAUGGUGAUGAAGAAUUAAAGCUCCCUCAAAGAUCCAACUUGCCUGUAUUUGCCAAUGCCAAGCUUUGA